AUGGCGACGACGGUACUCACACGUAUACUAAGAAGCGGGGAAGUACUCGGAAGAGGAGCAGCACGAAAGCUCGAAAAUGGAAGCGUGCUUGGACGUAUAAACGCUAGAACCAACGGCAUACGAUUUCUUCACAAAUCUCAAAAUAAUGCCAACGCCUCGUCGGCGACCAUUUCUCCCGAAACGCCCACUAAUUCCCUUCCGCCUUCUCUCUCUUCUACAACCGCAUCAAGCAUGGCGUCUGGCUCCAACAUGCCACUCGCUUUUCCGUGCAUAGAUCAUUUGACUACACGGACGCUCGAAUUGUCACUCGAGUCCGGUGGCCCAGAACCUUCGUAUGAAAAGGUCGUCACGGGUUAUGAAUUAUUCCAUUAUGAUAAACCGUUUUUAUGUGAUUAUGGAGGAAUACUGCCAUCGUUCAAGUUGGCUUAUGAAACAUGGGGAACAUUAAACGAGAAGAAGGAUAACGUGAUUCUGUUACAUACAGGAUUGAGUGCUAGUAGUCACGCAAAAAGCCACGCAAAGAAUAAACAUGAUGGUUGGUGGGAGAAGUUUAUAGGUCCAGGCGCAUCCUUGGACACAAACAAAUUUUUUAUAAUAUGCACUAACGCCCUUGGCGGCUGUUAUGGCUCUACUGGACCGUCUUCUCUUGAUCCAGCCGAUAACGAACGCUAUGCCACAAGAUUUCCCAUAAUUACCAUGUUUGAUAUGGUGCGUGCACAGUUUCAUUUGUUGGACCACCUUGGAAUUGACAAGCUACAUGCUAGCGUUGGUAGUAGUAUGGGUGGAAUGCAAUCGUUGGUAGCUGGUGCGUUGUAUCCCGAGAGAGUAGGGAGGUUGAUCAGUAUCAGUGCCUGUGCUAGGAGCCAUCCGUAUAGUAUUGCCCUGAGACAUACACAAAGACAAGUCUUAAUGUCAGAUCCGAAUUGGAAGAAAGGAUUUUAUUAUUCGUCUGUGCCGCCACAUAUUGGAAUGAAACUUGCUCGCGAAAUUGCAACAAUAACAUAUCGAUCAGGUCCUGAAUGGGAACGACGAUUCGGUCGCAAGCGAGCACUAGAAGAUCAAACACCUGCGCUGUGUCCAGACUUUUUGAUCGAGACUUAUCUUGAUUAUCAGGGAGAGAAAUUCUGUUUGCAAUACGAUCCAAACUCCCUGCUAUACAUUUCAAAAGCGAUGGAUCUCUUUGACAUGUCAGCAUCAGAGCUCGAACGUCUCAGUAAAUUAAGACAAAAAAACCAAGCCGCUUUCUCGUCAUCAUCCACACUUCAACCUAAUUCUCAAUCCGACCAACAAUGCUAUUUUCAUAGUCCAACACCGAAUCGACAAAGCAUUUCAUCACUUGAAAGUACUGGUGCCAGCGACCUUGAGGACUUGAUACAAGGUUUAUCCACAAUCAAGAUACCGUCUCUCGUGUUGGGUGUACAGAGCGACAGCUUAUUUCCGUAUUGGCAGCAAAAGGAAGUUGCAGAAUGUCUGAAAAGGAGUGGAAAUAAGGAUGUUACGUAUUACGAACUAGAUUCAUUGUAUGGACACGACACAUUCUUGAUUGAUUUGACUACUGUUGGAAGUGCUGUCAAAGGACAUUUGGAGUUGGGUGGAUGA